UAAAUGCAAGCCACAUACAUCAAAAUUUACAAGAAGAAGAACUUGUGACAAAAAAUAGCAAAAUGGAAAGGGUUCCCCUAAUUCUUUGCAUCGUUUCGUUUACCCUCUUUGUUGCUGUGGCUGACUCCCAGAGUGCUUCUAAUGUUAGGGCCACUUACAAUUUGUACAAUCCCCAAAAUAUCAAUUGGGACCUCAACGCUGCUAGGGUUUUUUGUGCAACAUGGGAUGCUAACAAGCCCCUUUCGUGGCGGAGGCAAUAUGGUUGGACUGCCUUUUGUGGACCUGCUGGACCUCGAGGGCAGGCUGCAUGUGGGAGGUGCCUAAGGGUGACUAAUACAGCAACUAGAGCUCAAGUUGUUGUCAGGAUUGUUGAUCAAUGCAGCAAUGGUGGGCUAGAUUUGGAUAUUGGCCCCUUUCGACAAAUUGACACCAAUGGACAGGGCAAUGCCAACGGUUUCCUAAGAGUCAACUAUGAAUUUGUUAACUGUUAAGGCCGUCUACUACUCUCAGUCUUAUGUGAUGGGAAAACUGAAAUUUCCCGGUAUCAAUAAAUUUGAAUAAUAUAUACAAGGUUGGUAUUAUGCCAAUUGGCUGGUUAUAUAUUGAUUAUCAAUAAGAGAGUUAUUGCCUA